GAGAAUUCAAUAUUUAUAUAUAUUUAAUUGUUUAUUUUUAAAGCUUAUCGAAAAGUUCAUAUUGGUUUAAAAAAACAACACUGCAAUCGCUUCAUGUCAUUGCAGUGACUGGGGGUUGCAGGAAUAAAUCCAGCUGGGAGUAUUUAGUCUUAAAUGAGGGGGAGAUCACAGCUUGCAACAAAGCCAUUUUAGGCAUUGCAUUGUCAUGACCUCAUUUAUUUUACUGUCACCUAAACAUAUGAUUCAAGCAGUUUGUACCUGCUGUUUUGGGUUUUAUAUACUUGUUAAAUGCACAAUUACAAUGCAAAACAGAGAGUUUACAGAUUAAAAUAUUAAAAUAUGAUCUUAUUUUUCCCAGGAUAGAUUUUUCUGUUUUCCCUCUCUUCUAUAUAAUUUUAGUUUGUCUAGCUCUUAUUUCUUCCAUGUGUGUAGUGUGCCUACAAUACUGUCUCUAGGCACAGAGAGGUAGCUGUGUUAGUCUUAAAUCAGGAAGGUCUGUGUUGCUCCUUACAGACUAACUAAUUAUGAGAUGCACGAGCUUUCUUAAGCCACACGUAUUUUUUCCCAAUAAAUCUUUCUCUCCCUUCAUGAAGUUUUACAGGUCUGUCGUUAGCUACCAAAUUUCCAUGGACCUUUAAACCCUCCCUCCUCAACCUAUCCUCCCUACAAAGUGCUUGAGUAAAUAGGUUGGAUUUUACAUCAUGUUUUGAAAUGAAACCUUGCUGCCAUCAGUGCUUGAGGAGUUAGGGCAUGCCAGACUGAGUGCCUUAGCUGACUUUAGCUUUGGGUCUGGAUCCUGAACAAGGGAGUGUUUGCUAAAACUUUUUGCUUUGUAUGUUGUUUUAGAAUGUUAAUUCUGAGUAAUGUGUUUGUGCAUCUAUAAUUGGAAAGGAUUUGGCAGUAUGAAGCCUGUUAUUGUGGUGCAUGGUGGAGCUGGCUGCAUCUUUAAAGAACGAGAAGAUGGAAGUCGUUCUGGUGUUAUCAGAGCAGCACUCAAAGGCUACAGUAUCCUUAAACAAGGAGGCUGUGCCUUAGAUGCAGUUGAACAAGCAGUAGCAUUAAUGGAAGAUGAUCCACAUUUUAAUGCAGGCUGUGGAUCUGUUUUAAAUCAAAAGGGUGAAGUAGAAAUGGAUGCCAUUAUCAUGGAUGGAAAAAAUCUAGCCUCAGGAGCGGUAUCUGCUGUUAAAUGUAUCGCUAACCCCAUAAAGCUUGCUCGUCUUGUCAUGGAAAAGACCGAGCACAUGUUGCUGACUGAUUACGGAGCACAAUGUUUUGCCAAGGCCAUGGGUGUUCCUGAGAUUCCAGGGGAGAAACUCAUAACAGAAAGGUCCAGGGAAAGAUGGAUGAAGAACCUUGAGCCAGAUUCUAAUCCUCAUAAGUUUCAAACAGACCUUGGAACAGUUGGUGCCGUUGCUAUAGACAGUGAAGGAAAUGUAGCUUGUGCAACAUCCACUGGGGGACUCACUAAUAAACUGGUUGGCCGUGUUGGUGAUACAGCAUGUAUAGGAAGUGGAGGUUAUGCUGACAACCAUGUUGGUGCUACUUCUACCACAGGGCAUGGAGAAAGCAUUAUGAAGGUGGUUCUAGCACGAUUGAUCCUGUAUCACAUGGAACAAGGGAUGUCACCAGAGGAGGCUUCUGAUACUGCUUUAAAUUGGAUGAAAACAAGGGUGGGAGGAUUGGGAGGUGUCAUUGUUGUCAGCAAUUCAGGGGACUGGGCAGCAAGGUUCUCCACCAAGCAAAUGUCCUGGGCUACAGUGAAAGAUGACCAGUUGUAUUAUGGCAUUUACACUGGAGAGAGGCUUACAAAAUCCUUUGAAGAAGCACUAACAUCUGAAGGAUUUUGAAGAUGUAAAAGUCGACUGCAGAGCAAAGUAAAGAUCCAAAGUCUUGGUGCAGAGAAAAUUGAUGUCUUUUUCAGAAAAGAUCUAUCCCUAUUAAAUAUUUCAAGAACUCACCAUGGUUUGUAAGCAAACAGAUUUAGACACAGAACCAAUCAUGACUCUGGAUAUUGAAAUGUCUCUGAAAGGCACAGGGUUAAAAUACAGGCAAGUGAUGCAUGUAAGUUUCCCCAGUCUUCUGGUUAGUGCAUCAGCCCUACAUUAGAGAUAGGCAGUGUCAGAAUGAGAGAGGAAUUCAUCUUCAUUCUUAAUCUCUGAGACUUCCAGGUCAAGUGAUGAUGCAGCAGUGAGGUAAACACCUGGCAAUUAAAAAUUGAACUUUAACAGCUGCUUCUCUUUAUUGAGAAGCAGAAUUUAUUUAUAUGUUUUAUUGAACCAACUAUAUAGUUAGGAGAGAUGUUAGACAGGCUUUUGAGCACAAAAUCCUCUUAUUCAUUUUAGAAAAGAAACAGAUGCAGUCUAAGCUAAAUAGUAAGUAAAACAAGAACUUUACCAAGGUCUUUGAACACCCAUCAUUUGGUGACAGCUGUCAACUAAGCUACAUUUAGACUACAGUAUAAAAUUUAAGACUACAUCAUUAUCAAAACCUUGGAGUAACCAGUCCUUAAUCAUUUAACUAGGGAAAACAUGACGUCCCUGCCUCAAGGGAAAUCUGACACUUAGAAGCUUUAAUGUAUUUGUUAGUUUUAUGGGGGAGGGAGGGAGCCACAAACUAAAAUUAGGUGGGGGAGAAUUUUAUUAGUUAGGUCUGUGUUAUAAAGAGGAAAGCCAAGACUUCAUUAAUUGUAAACAAAGCAGCAAACAAUCUUUGUUGGUUAGAUUAGAAGGUGAUAGGCACCUCAUAAAUACAUAGAUGAGAGAGAUUCAUGAUGAUUAACUGGAAAGUAAUUUUCUGAAGUAAUUAAGUCAUAAAAGCAAGCUAUGCCACAACAAAUAGAAUUGCCUCUGUUAACAAGCUUUCUUGAUAUGAAGCUGAUGCAGUCUUGUAUGAAAUCUAUAGUACUUAGUUAAAUUUGUGGUAAGCUUUCAAUUCCUCAGUGUCAUAGGUGUUUACUUUCCCGUUUCCCAAUGUAAUUUUUUUUCUAUGAAAAUACAGUUUAUUUGUGAAGCAAGAAAUUUUGUAGGAAGACUCUUUCAUAACAAAUCUUCGUGAAAGGAAACCCUGUUUUCUACUGUUAACCACACCUAUUAUAUUUUAUGACUACGUAAUUUAAUAACCUAACAUAUGUUUAGCCAUGUUAUGAUCUGUAUCUCCUCUGAAAACAGAUGAUCAGCUUCUGGUAUGCUAACAAACUACAGCAUGUUCCUUUAUGAAAUAUACCAAAUAAACGUACCAGAUCUUAACUGUGUUUUUAAAAUCCAUUUCCAAUAUAAAAUGAAGCAUGAUGAAGUAGAUUAUUUAGAAUGGUAGGUUUGUCAAUCUUAUCUAAUUGUCUUGCACUUUAACCCACAUUUCUCCAGAAGUUAAAAAUGAUUGAUAUCUAGUGGGAUGUGGACAAUCCAUGGGAAAAGAGUAUUUAUUUAUUUUUUUUAUGAAGUACUAAUGUAUUGCAUUGCCUAGAGGAGGGCAUGAAAUAUAUCUGUUGAUCUGGUCAUCAGCUGCUGCUUGUCAGAUUACAAAGGAAUUUAGGGUGAGUCUGGUAAGCUGUCCUCCUGCUGUGUGAACAUAAGGAAAAAUCAUUUUUUUUUUUUUAAUCAGAAAGGGACUCCCAGUGAGUUCAAGAACCUAUAUGGAAAAGCACACACUUCUCAAAACAAAAGAUGAGUACAGGGCCAGAUUAUCCUUGGCCUGUGUGGAAGGAAGCGGUAUGAGCUUGGCUUCAUGCACACAACAUUCUUUGGAGCCUGUGGGAGCUCUGUUUAGUUUGCAGCCUGUAGAUUUUAAAGCAGUUGAGACAAGGAAGAUAGUUGAGUUCUACUAGACUCCACAGUCCACCAUCACCCCAAGCAGGUACACUUACCUGAAGUUAUAAAAAUCCAUCUUGCUCUGCUACAUUGUGCUAUUGGCUGCAUUCCUCCCCUUAUGCAGGGCAAUGGAAAAUAAAAAUCCUGCCUUUAUAACUAAUACUUGGUCAGAGACCUAUCCCUUUUUCAUCUGGAUCAUAAAGAAGCUAUCAUAAAUCACCAGCGUGAGGAAUUUAGGUGAACAUCUCUCCUGACCUUUGGAGAGACAAACAUCUAUCCCAGAACUAAAACCCGGAUGCAAUAUAACAUCAUUGGUCACCUUAGUCACAGUCAGUAGAAAUCUAGUGUCAUUAAAAGGCACAUUAAGUACCUAAUACAUGGUUAAUUCAUCUCAGUAAUUGUAUCCUCAGAAAAAGUACUACAAUAAAACUGGUAGUUUAUCAUGACUAA